CGACCUAAGCGCCGUACGCGAUCAGCGCGCAGGCGGCGCGCGACGCGCUAGUUAUUAAAUAAUUCAUAACUUACCAGCUCAGUUCGUUUCUGAUUACUGGAGGCUAAGCUAACGCCGUUGUCUCUUUUUUUCCUUUUCAUCAGUAAUAUAAUAGCUAAUGAUGCAGCAAUUAUAUUAAAAACACUAGUGUCGUCUGACAUCUUCGAUGGUACUGAGCCAGUAAACGGAACUGUAAGCGCGAGAACUGAGUGCGCUCGCGCGCUCUAUACGAGCCUUGUAUGAGUUGCGCUAAAGAGGCGCACCAAACUAUUGCACUGACUGCACGCGCUCAGCUCGCAGGCAGCUCGCAAACAGCUCGCGAUCUGCACAUUCGCGGCACAUUCGCCAGAUGUGGACGCACCCUUAAGGAGUGCAGUAUCAUGAGACGUAGCGUAUUAAAGCGCGUCCUCGAGCAAAACGCAGCGGAAGCCGUUUAUUGUACUGUUUUUUUUUUUAAGUCAACUUCAAAAAUAUGCUGACUUAGCAAGACGAGAGUAAAAGGGGCAAAUUAUGCACGAGUCUUAGAUGAAACCGGGUGUUUCACUUUUCACUUUUCCGUGCUCGGGAGAGCACGUUAAGCUUCCCCCCCCCCCCCCUAAAAAUUUGGGUAAUCUUUUCUCUAUUUUAUUUUUUAGUAGCACCUAGUUACAUUAUUUCCAGUGAUUGUGUUACAUUUUGUAGAAUUUUCCGUGUAUGCACGUUAAACCUUUGCCUCAUUAAGAGUGAGUUGCACCAACUUACUUUAACGAUAACAAAACUCGAACCAACGGUCAAAUCUCUGGUUAAGUCAAUAAUGGAUUGCACCAUUUUAACAAUGGUUAAAAUGACGUCAUAUUUAACGAUAACCGUAACCAGUCAAUUUUGGCCGGUUAUCGUUAUUGCUAAGUUAACAAAUGUCAAAAUCUUGUCAAAAUAAUAACCUAGUCCGUUGUUUUCUGUUGUUUUAUCAUAUUUAAGUAUAAAAAAAUUAAAAAUGUCUUUAGUACGUGAUAUUUUAUGGGAAUCUAGUUCUUCUGACGACGAAAAUUAUAAUGAUUUACCUAAUUCUCGAAAGAAAAAAGUGUAUCAACCACGUGUUAAUCGAUUCCUAAAAUGGAAUGAGCAGGAGUUCUUGGAUAGAUUUCGGAUUUCCAAAGGUUUAGCACGAGCCCUGGCUUCUCAUUUAGCACCAUUGCUCCAAACCAGAACCAUGAAAAACUUUGCAGUUACUCCAGAGCAGCAAAUAAUAAUGGCAUUGGAAUUUUACGCAUGUGGUUCUUUUCAACGCUGCAUUGGGGAUGCUGCAGGUGUUCACAAAUCUACUGUUUGUCGAAUAAUUCAUCGAGUGAGCAGAGCUAUAGCCGGACUAAGAACAGACUGGAUUGCAAUGCCUAAAAAUAUUGAGGAAAUGGAAACUGAGGCCAAAAAAUUUUAUGAAAUAUGUGCAUUUCCUAAAGUAAUAGGAACUAUAGACUGCACACAUAUACCAAUCAAAUCGCCAGGUGGUGCAGAUGCAGAAACAUAUAGAAAUAGAAAACAGGUAUUUUCUCUUAAUGUGCAAGUAAUCACAAAUGCUGAGAUGUACAUUACAAAUAUAGUUGCUAGAUGGCCUGGAAGCUGUCACGACAGCCAUAUUUUCAACAGCAGUGUCAUUAAGGGACGCCUAGAAGAUGGAGAAUUUGAUGGUUUUUGGUUACUAGGAGACAAAGGUUAUGCCAAUAAACCAUAUUUGCUAACACCUCUACGUAAUCCUGUUACAGAAGCUGAAAAACUGUACAAUGAAAGUCAUAUUCGUACUAGAAAUAUUGUAGAACGCAGUUUUGGUUGUUGGAAAAAAAGGUUUCCUGCAGUGUCAUGGAAACUCAGAACAAAUACAGCAAGAGCCCAAUGUGCUAUAGUGGCAAUGGCUGUCCUAUAUAAUAUUUGCAAGAAAUUGAGAGACCCGAUGCCAACAUGUUACGACUCUGAUAAUGAAUCAUCAGAUUCUGAUGACAAUGACCUGACCUCUGCAUAUGUUAGCCAGCAUGACGAGCAUAAUAGGAAUAUGCUAAUAAAUACUUAUUUUGAUAGAUUACAUUAAGAUAGACUAUGUUUUAAAUGAAUAAAUAAAAAAACUUCAAAAAUAAAAA